AUGAUGCCUUUGUUGCCAAGUCCACCUGUGGCUGCAUCUCAGUGGGCUCUGCAUUCCGUGCCUGCAUUACCUCCAGUUGCCAAGAGGCGGCCAAGCUCCUCUAUUUCAUAUGUGCUCCAAGCUCCAAGCUCCAAGUCCCAAACACAUAUACCUCGCUCGGCCGAGUGGCCACAGCGUCUCGAAGCGAGAGCCAGCCGUCUAUUUCGCCUUGCAGAGCGCGGAUCCUCAAUUGCCCAGGAGCCACAGGCAUGUUUACGGAAUGCUACUGAUAAUGUUACUGAUAAUGCUGACUGA